CUUUGUUUAUCUUAUCCACGCGCAGGUGUGGCGGAGGAGACGUGCUCAGGCGGGGGGAGGGAGGACGACUCGCCGUGGUCGGAGCGUAGGUGAGGCGCAGGAGACGUGCUCAGGCGGGGGGGGGGGGGGGGGGAGGGAGGACGGCUCGUCGUGGUCGGACGAGAGGAGGGAGGACGGCUCCAUCUGCCCAUCGCCGUCGCCAAGGUAGGACGGGAGGAGGGAGCCCGGCUCCUUCUGGCCGUCGUCGCCGUGGUAGGACGGCAUGGACUCCUCCGGCACCGUCGCGAAGGGUAAGAAGGGCGCCGCCGGGCAAAAGGACGACGGGCCUAGGAAGAAGUCGGUGUCCCGGUCGGUCAAGGCCGGCCUCCAAUUCCCCGUCGGCUGCAUCGGGUGGUACCUCAAGAAGGGUCGCUACGCACAGCGCCUUGGCACGGGCGCCCCCGUCUACCUCACCGCCGUCCUCGAGUACCUCGCCGCCGAGCUGCUGGAGCUCGCCGGGAACGCCGCCAAGGACAACAAGAAGAGCCGCAUCAUCCCCCACCACCUACUGCUCGCCGUCAGGAACGACGAGGAGCUCGACAAGCUGCUGGCCUGCGUCACCAUCGCGCACCGCGGCGUGGUCCCCAACAUCAACACGUUGCCGCUCCCCAAGAGGACCGUGGAGAAGGAGGGCAAGGCGUCCAAGUCGCCCAAGAAGGCCGCCACCCCGAAGAAGGCCUGAGGGAGAUGCGUUCUGUGUCGUUUAGGUUGUGUGCUGUGUAGUGUUCUUCUGAAUCUGGAUAGGGGUGUGAAGUUGUUCGGUUAGUUGUUGAUGUACCUUUUGUUGUGAUGGAAGGAAUUCAGAAAUCUCUUUUGAGUCUCCAAAUAUGCACUGGAGAUUUGCAUCUGUGA